AUGCUAACCGCUGUCUGCGGCUCUCUGGGCAGCCAGCACACCGACGCGCCGCACGCCUCCCCGCCGCGCCUCGACCUGCAGCCGCUGCAGACGUACCAGGGCCACACGAGCCCGGAGGCCGGGGACUACCCCUCCCCGCUGCAGGCUGGAGAGCUGCAGAGCCUCCCGCUCGGCCCCGAGGUGGACUUCUCACAGGGCUAUGAGCUGCCGGGGGCCUCUCGGGUAACCUGCGAGGACCUGGAAAGCGACAGUCCGUUGGCCCCGGGACCCUUUUCCAAGCUCCUGCAGCCGGACAUGUCGCACCAUUAUGAAUCGUGGUUCCGACCCACUCACCCCGGCACCGAGGAUGGCUCGUGGUGGGACCUGCACCCGGGCACCAGCUGGAUGGACCUCCCGCACACUCAGAGCGCGCUCGCCUCACCUGGCCAUCCUGGGGCGCUCCAGGCUGGCUUGGGGGGCUACGUCGGAGACCACCAGCUCUGUGCUCCGCCGCCCCAUCCCCACCCGCAUCACCUCCUCCAGUCCGCGGGCGGGCAGCAUCUCCUGGGGCCGCCCGACAACGCGAAGGCUUUGGAAGCGGCCGCCCCCGAGGCGCAGGGCCUGGAUGCCGGCCUGGACGGGGCGGCCCGGCCCAAAGGUUCUCGGCGAUCGGUACCCCGCAGUUCUGGCCAGACCGUCUGCCGCUGCCCCAACUGCCUGGAGGCGGAGCGACUGGGGGCUCCGUGCGGGCCCGACGGAGGCAAGAAGAAGCAUUUGCACAACUGCCACAUCCCCGGUUGCGGGAAGGCCUAUGCCAAGACGUCCCACCUGAAGGCGCACCUGCGUUGGCACAGCGGCGACCGUCCCUUCGUGUGCAACUGGCUCUUCUGCGGCAAGCGCUUCACGCGCUCUGACGAGCUGCAACGUCACCUCCAGACCCACACGGGCACCAAGAAGUUCCCCUGCGCCGUCUGCAGCCGGGUCUUCAUGCGCAGCGACCACCUGGCCAAGCACAUGAAAACCCACGAAGGCGCCAAGGAGGAGGCGGCGGCGGCAGCAGUGGCGGGCGAGGGCAAGGCGGGCGGAGCGGUGGAGCCCACGGGGGGUAAAGGCAAGCGGGAGGCCGAGGGCAGCGCGGCCCCCUCUAACUGA